UUUGCGCUCAUUCGACUUUUGAAAUCAGCCUCGAACGUUUCGAGAUUUCCUAGCGAGUCUGAAGUGUGUGUGGAGCUGCUGGCGUAUGGUUUCUGUUUCUAUCUGAAUUGGUCUCAUCCCCCGUGCGUUGGCUGUGCUUAGUGUGUGUAUUUUUAAAAGUAAUUUACGACAAGAAAAUCUUCGUCGGCGUUGCAGAUUUUUCUUUGUCUCUUUGUCAACUUCGUGUGACCCCCGAAACGAAAGUCCGACUCGCCGUGCGGUAAGGCAGCGAUCCAGCUAACAUUCAGGUCAUAUCAAUCCAACUUAAUCCUCACCCUCGAAAAAAACACCAUGAGCUGGCAAGAUUAUGUGGACAACCAACUCCUGGCCUCGCAGUGCGUGACCAAGGCGUGUAUCGCCGGCCACGAUGGAAACAUAUGGGCGCAGUCCAAUGGUUUCGAGGUGACAAAAGAGGAGCUUUCCAAACUAAUCAGCGGAUUCGACCAGCAGGACGGGCUCACCAGCAACGGCGUAACACUCGCCGGCCAACGGUACAUUUACCUUUCCGGCACGGACCGCGUGGUACGCGCUAAGCUCGGCCGGAGCGGAGUGCACUGCAUGAAAACAACACAAGCCGUGAUUGUUUCUAUCUAUGAAGAUCCUGUACAGCCCCAACAGGCCGCUUCCGUCGUAGAGAAACUUGGAGAUUAUCUGAUUACUUGCGGGUACUAGGACCAUAAAUCAGCACAUACACCCCCAUCAACCACAACACACACAGCAACCACUAUAGCAACAGGAAAAAAAUUUAUAAGAGAAAACCGUAAAUGAACUAACAUAAAAAGUAAUUAAUAAUAUUUACAUUUAUGGAAAAAAACCGACGGCCAAGAAAGCACUUGCGGUUUUUUGUGUGUACAAGAAGAAAUUGAACGAGUUAAAAUGCAUAUACUUAAAAUUGUCAAAAGCGUAAAUAGUUACUGAAUUACAACAAAAAUAUAAAUUUCUGCAUUAUUAUAUUUAAAAAUUUUUGGUUUAUACGAUACAAAUAAAAGGAAAACACAUCUAUAAAAUGUCCCGUAAAAAAUAAAAUCAAUCCUUAGCUUUGAACAAAAAUUAAAAAAAAGUAUUGGCAACCUUAGUUAUAAGCGACCAAAACUACAAAUGCAGCAAACCCAAAAAAAUUGAAGCGAGAAUAAUUACCAAAAACAGAACAACGCAAAGUGACGAAGACAUUUUUUUGUACAGCGAUAUUUACAAAAUCGACUGUUUAUGUAUAUCAAUACAUAAAUGCAAGCAAAUGUUUUAUAUAAUAGAGUGAGAGAAGAUUUUUAUUUAUCAACCGAUCGAAGGGUAGCAAAGGAAGGGAGAGUAAAGUAAGCUAACGAAACGGAGGAAGCCAAGUUCGAAAAAUACCAACCAAUAUAAAUAAAUAUCUAUAUAUGUAUGUUUAUAUACGUGAA